AUGGACUCAAAGGCGACUUCUCAUGUCGAGCAUAAGCUCGCAGUGCCAACCCAGGCUUUGGGUGCAAAUACCAUCGGAAUCGACGAUGACGCUCUGCUGCGCAUGUCCGAGCAGAUUCCGGACUUCGCCAACGUCGUCGAAAUGGCUCAUCGUGCCUCCAACUUUGAGCACAAUCUGACCAACCGCGAUGCUUUCAAGAUCUUCCCCAAGGCGAUCGGAUUCUCGCUCAUUUUGUCCCUUGCCAUCAUCAUGGAAGGCUACGACACGUCCCUCCUCGGCUCGUUCUACGCCUACCCGACCUUCCGAGAAAAGUUCGGCGUCCACACCGAAGCAAACGGUUAUCAAGUCACCUCGAAUUGGCAGACGGGUCUCCAGAAUGGAACCAACGUCGGCCAGAUUCUGGGUUUAGUCUUUGCCGGUCUCAUCGCCGAUCGCUUCGGCUACAAGAAGACCAUGCUGGGCGCCUUGGUUGCCCUGACCGGCUUUAUCUUCCUCAUGUUCUUUGCCCAGAACAUCAUCAUGUUGCUGAUCGGUGAAGUCCUCUGCGGCAUCCCAUGGGGAGCCUUCCAAACCUUGACAACCACCUACGCCGCCGAAGUCAGUCCCAUCGUCCUUCGACCAUACCUGACCACCUACGUCAACCUCUGCUGGGUGACAGGCCAGUUCAUCUCUGCUGGAAUCCUGCGCGGGCUGCUGGGCCGCACGGAUCAAUGGGGCUGGCGCAUUCCUUACGCCAUCCAGUGGGUGUGGCCUGUGCCUAUUAUCAUUGGCGUCAUUUUCGCUCCAGAGUCUCCGUGGUGGCUCGUCCGAAAUGGAAGAACCGAGGACGCGAAACGGUCUCUGAAUCGUCUGUCCAGACCCCAUAUCUCCGAUUACGAUGCCGACGAUGCCGUCGCGUUGAUGGUCCUCACCAACGCCAACGAGAAGCUCUCCCGGGAGGGUGUGUCAUACUGGGACUGCUUCAAGGGAGUUGAUCUCCGCCGCACGGAGAUCGUCUGCUGCGUGUGGAUGUGUCAAGUCUUCUGUGGUAUCUGGUACGGAGGCAACAUUGUCUACUUCCUGCAACAAAUCAACUUCAGCAAUGAACAAGCCUUCAAUUUUGGUCUUGGGUUGAACGCCGUCGGCUGGUGUGGCACUAUCUGCUCAUGGUUCGUGAUGCAGCGAGUUGGUCGCCGCAAGCUGUUCGUGUUCGGACUCGGUAUCCUGUUCUGUAUUUUGAUGCUGGUUGGAUUCCUCGGUAUCCCGAAUGGCAAGAAUGCAGGAAUCAGCUAUGCCUCGGCGGCCCUUUUGAUGGUUUUCGUCUUCACGUAUGAUCUGACUGUUGGGCCUGUUACCUACUGUCUUAUUUCCGAGAUCCCGUCUACUCGUCUUCGGAUCAAGAGUACCGUUCUUGCUCGCGACUGCUACAAUGUCGCCAGUAUCGUCGCCAACUUUUUGAACCCACCUAUUCUCAACCCCUUGGCUUGGAAUCUGAAAGGCAAGGGUGGCUUUAUCUGGGCUCCUCUUUGUCUCAUUUGCUUCGUUUGGUCUUUCUUCCGUCUCCCCGAGCCCAAGGGCCGCACUCCGGCUGAGUUGGACAUUCUGUUCGAGAAGAAGGUUUCUGCUCGGAAAUUCACCGACUUUGAGGUUACGCCGUUCCGAUCGGCUAACUUUGAGGUUGUUUCGGAUGCUAAGGUUCUUUCUGAGAAGUAUUAG